AUGCGAAGAGUUGGCGGCAGUUCUCAGCCCGCAGAGGCUCCGGCUGCUGUGGAAGAUGCUCGGAAGGCACUUAUCAAUGUCGAGAUCGCGGGCGAUGACAGCGGUGUCCCGUGCAAGGCUCCGAGAGCAACUCGAGAUGCGGGAACAGUGCCGGUGCCGUAUAGAUGGCAGUCGCCGAAGAGGCAAGGCAAGAAGCCGCCAAGUGGAGCCAGGGCAGCGGGCGCGAGAGCCAACGAGAAAUGGAGCAGGGAAUUUGCGGCCAAGUUUGCAGCGCACAUCUCACGUUUCCUGAGCUCGCAGGUGGGGGCAGGCCGGCCGCAGACACAGCGCGAACGCCAACUGGCGAAGGCCAUCCUGCAGCGGCUGGCAGCUGCCGCAGGCAAACCACCCAAGAAGCCCGAUGAGCGUCAGCGCGUCGCCAAGCUGCUCGUUGCGCUCUCUGAGCGUCUUGCUGUCUGGGUCGACCUCGUCGUCAAAGACGCGCAGAGCGUCUCAGGCUCCUCCUCUGAGUCCAGUGAGGAAGAAUCUGAGGAGGAGAAACCCAUCAAGAAAGGCAAGAAGCCAGGGAAAAAAGAACCAGCGAAGGGAAAGGCCAAGCCAGCGGAGAAACCGAAAGAGAAAGGUAAGGCUAAACCAAAAGGGAAACCAGAGCAGAAAGAGGAGGACGAAGAAGAAGAAGAAUCGGACGAGGGGGUAUCUAAGAAGAAAGGUAAGGCAAAAGAGAAAGCAAAAGAGAAGGGGAAGGCCAAGCCAAAAGAGAAAGCCAAGCAGAAAGAGGAGGAAGAAGAACCUGAAGAGGAGGUAGCAACGAAGAAAGGCAAGAAAGGAAAGGAAGCAAAGCCUACAGCGAAGAAAAAGAAAGAUAAGAAAGAAGAGGAACUGGAAGAAGAAUCAGAGGAGGAAGUGGAAGAAGAGGAAGAAGAAGAGGAAGAUAAGAAAGGUAAAAAGAAGAAGAAAGGUGUAGAAGAUGAGGGAGAAGAAGUGGAAGAAAAGAAAGGAAAAAAGAAGAAGAAAGCUGAAGAAGAAGAAGAAGUAGUAGUAGAAGAAGAGAAAGAUAAGAAAGGGAAAAAGAAGAAAAAAGGUGCAGAAGAAGAGGUAGAAGAACAGGAAGAUAAGAACGCAAAAAAGAAGAAGAAAGGUACAGAUGAAGACAUAGUAGAAGUGGAAGAUAAGAAAGGGAAAAGUAAGCAGAAAGUUAUAGAAAAAGAUGAAGGAGGAACAGAAGCUAAGAAAGGAAAGAAGAAAGAUAAAGGUGCAGAGGAAGUGGAAGCAGAAGAUAAGAAAGGAAAACAGGCAAAGAAAACCAAAAGUGAAGAACCAGUGGAUGAUGAAGGCCAACAGCAGGAAACUGCAGAAGAACCAGAAGAAGAGCCACCAGACGACCAGCCAGAUGAAACUUCAGACGAACCGGCAGAUGAACCGCCAGAUGGCCCUCAAGAGGGAGAUGCCACUGGACCCCCAGACGAGCCCCCAGAAGGCCCUCCGGACGAAUCGUCAGAGGGAGAAGAGGGAGAAGGUGGGGAAGAAGGCGAGCCUGGAGAGGAAGGCGAAGAGGAAGAAGGUGAAGAAGGAGAAGAAGAAGAAGACGAGGGAGAAAUUAUAGAGGGAGAAGGAAAGAGAGAGGGGUCUGAAACUACAUACGUGGUGACAGCAGAAGGAGACGGAUUCAGAGUGGAACCAAUCGAGGAGCCACCUCCUCCAGAACCUGUAGUCGAGAAGCGGGUGUCGGUGCUCAGUGCUCUAGUCUCGCUGUAUCCCCAACAGGCAAUGCCCAAAGUCCCAUUAUGCAAAGUACUGCAAAAGCUCACAUUGCGUGCUCCAACUACGGAUGUUUUGUCCGCCGACGGAGACGGGGAGGAGGUGUCGGAAGAUCGUAGAAAGGUGGAGGCGGCAGUAGCACGUAAGCUGCGCCGGAUGGCCGAAUUAGAGGACGGCAUUCCACUGCAGCAGGAGACGCGGGACGCCAUCGUCGCUCUGUCCAAAGCUGUGGCAGCCGACCUGCAGCCAGAACUGGACAUCCCGCAGCCUGAACCACCACCUGUGCUAGAUGCCACUGAAUACACCCAGUGGCUGGACGGCUGCGUCUCACUGGCGCAGGAAUGGGCCCGCUGGAUCGGCGAUUCGGUAGACGCCGUGUGCGACAUCUCCAAACGCAAUGCCGAAGUCCAAGAGGGCGAGGCGGCCGACCUGGAGCGCGCCGAGUGGUGUGCCUUCAUGGAGACGAUGCGUCGCGGAGCCUACAGCUGGUGCAAGACUGAGGAGGACAUAGCAGCAGCAGCUGCCGUCUGGAAGGGCCGGCUGGAGGCUGUCCAGCAGCAAGAGGAGGAGGAAGCUGUGCCAAAUGACGGGGAUCAGAGACAACAUGUGUACAAAUUUCCACCUCAUGCUCCAGCCGAGCAAAGUUGGGACAAGUCGGAUCAGAAGGGCCUGGUGACAGGGCAAAUAAGAGUGGUACUAGAAGCACGUAUGAAGAAGCUUCCUUAG